AUGGCUAUUUCAGGACGCGCUAAGGAAGACCAAACGUAUGAUGGAUCUGGGGUCAAAGUUGCAAUUAUUCACGCAAGAUGGAACGAGGAAGUGAUCGAUUCGCUUGUUGAGGGGUGCAUUAGGCGCUUAAAAGAGCUUGGCGUCCAUUCAAGUAACAUAACUGUCGAAUCAGUUCCGGGAUCGUACGAAUUACCUGUUGGUGUGGCAAGUUUGGCCCAAGAAAAAGAUGUAGAUGCAAUUGUGGCAAUUGGAUGUCUUGUCAAGGGUGACACGAUGCAUUUUGAGUACAUUAGUGAGGCAGUUUCCAACCAGUUGAUGUCGAUUCAGUUUAAAAUCGGCAAGCCAGUUAUUUUUGGUCUUUUAACAUGCCUUACAUACGACCAGGCCAAGGCCAGAGCCGGUUUGAUUCCGGGACAGGCACACAACCACGGUGUCGACUGGGCUGAGUGUGCUGUUGAGAUGUCUGUGAAGUUUGGUAAUGGUCUGAACAAACUAGCUAGGUCUGGAAACUAG